AGCGGCGCACUUCAAAUCAGUCGCGCUUCGACCUUCGUCGUGGAAGGAUUUUGCGUGUAACUCUCCGUCAGUCGAGGCAAUCUGUUGGUUGCCAUACACUGUCAUUCGUGUGAUCGUCGUUCUCGAUCAUCGCGAGUCCGUCGCGAGGUGACGUACGUCGAUCAGAGACACGUCGCGAGUCAGUGUCGUAUACAAGCGUGAUCGAGUUUUUUUCCUUCUUUCGUUAUCGGGUCAGUGCCAAGAUACGCCAUUACGCGAGUUCCACGCCGGCGGCGGUGACGCGCGUCGCCAGGUAUCAUCGUCGGUGGAUGCUGCUUGUGGCUGCCGUGCGAGAUCUCAAAAAACCGUCAGAUCGAAUAGCCGCCGCGUGAAGUAGAAAGUUUCGAGGACUUUGAAAUAGACAUGUGCGUCAAGGAUCAAUUGGACGUUGUUCGCCAAUGACAUAGGCAACGGCAACCAGGUGACAACGAGGACUGUGACGCACGCAGCCCAACAAUUGACUGAAAAUGGCCAAAAGCGCUGAGAGAUUACCCGGUACUUCUACCAGACUUAGGACCAGGGAUGACGGCUGCUGUUCCGUGAAUUUCUUGAAAUACGUUCUCCAUAUUUACAACGUGGUGCUGUUUCUGUCCGGACUGGUGGUAGGUGGCAUCGGUAUCUGGACGGUGGCAGCGAAGCACAGCUACGUGUCACUGAUGUCCACGUCGACGUAUCCUACUUUGGCCUACGCCUUGAUCGUCGCAGGUGUACUGGCUGUCAUCGGUAGCUGGCUCGGAUGCGGCGGCGUAACUUCUGAAAAUCGAUGUGUCCUCCUCGUGUACGUCUUCGUGGUGAUGGCAGUACUCGUUCUGGAAGCUGGAGUCGGUGCACUGGCGCGUCUGUAUGAGGAACAAGUUGGUCCCGAAUUGAAGCUGAAUUUGAAUCGCACUUUCCUCGAGAAUUAUGCUGUGCGAUCCCGGGAAACUGCGGCCAUCGACCAGAUGCAGAAAGAAUUCAAAUGUUGCGGUGCCUUGAGAUUCGAGGACUGGCUCGUGAGCGAGUGGCAUAAGGAUGAGGAGGUCCUCAAGAACGGCAGCGUCGUACCUGACAGCUGCUGUAAGACGCCGACGUUACUUUGCGGGAAAAGGGAUCAUCCCUCCAAUAUUCAGUACACGGGCUGCAUUUACAAGUUCCUGGAAACGACGAAGGACCACCUGAUAAUCCUGGGCGCUGUCGGGCUCGGUCUGUCUGUCCUCGAACUCUUCGGCAUUGUUCUUGGCUCCUGCCUGUAUAUAAAGCUCAGGCACGACUUUGAUGACUGAGAAUUGCUUCAAUGCCCCGAGGGCAACAACAACGGCCAGUCGUGGUGCAGAUACAUGCAAAACAAUCCGGAGACCGUUUGAUCGUCGGAGUAGGGGCAGGAAGACGCGCGAUUACAGCCGCGGGAUCGUACGGAUGAAAGGGAAUCAUCCUCAACCGCGGAGUCUCGUUCGUCACUCCCUCCCCCUGACGCGUUCAGAAAGGUAUCAACAAGUGAAAAUAGAGGUAACGAUAAAGAAACGGCGCCGUCUUCGUCGAUCGUUACCUCGCUUCCCGCGAACUUUACGCAAAUUACGUGAUUACGGACAAUCAAAGAGGGAAGCGAAAGUUCAAAGGUAAAAACGCAUAAAUUGUAAAAAUCGUUCCGGCGUCUCGGGCAUCUGAAGGCAAAAGGUGCUUCUGAUCGUUGAACACUUGUGCAACGGAGUUGGGUUUAAGACUCGUCUGCAUUACCAACGAUAUUAAAUAGAUCCUUUCAAAGACGGUGCUAUUACAAAGAAAUGAGAGAAAAAAAAAACUGAAACGUAUCACGAAGAUUGCUUCUGAAAUCGAUCGGCUUUGUUCGUGCCUUCGCAAUGAUUUAUUUCGCAAUGGUACCGUCUUUAUUGUAUCGUUUCAGAAUUUUCACGAGCUCGCAGCAAUGCCAACAGGUUUUAAAUCCGGCUUUAGUGCCUUUUCAAACGGCGUUUCCAUGCAAGAAAUUACAAAGAUACGAACACACUUUUAAUAAACAAGCGUGCGUGGGCGCAUUUGCAGGACCAGUAUAAUUAUCUCGAGUAUGUAUCUAAGGCCUUUCGCGAUCGGCGCAGCCGAUUGGUUGCGCGACUCACGACUAGCCGAAACUGUAGUUCUCGCUGUCAGUGGUGUUUGAAUAUUUUCUGUGGUAUUUUCUCCCGAAAAAAAAAAUGAACCUGGAUCCUUUUUUAUAGUGCAUCGUCAGCCCGUUGACGUUAAUUAGCCAGAUAGCCGAAUUUACCAAGAGAUUUAUGUAUUGCAAACUAUAUGUAUCGCAGUAGAACACCAGCAACACGAGAUAGUUUAUUAUUUUUCUAAUAUCGGUAGAAAUGUAUCGAAUGAGCAGAUCUUACAUCAAACAAGCUUAGUUGUCGUUAUUUUAAUAUCAAACGAGCGACAAGACAACUAACGUUAUCAUAUUUGUUAAAUUACGACAUCAUGAUGGCAAAAUAUGAUCAUUUCUGCUCUGUAUUUCCGUUAUUACAUUAUGGCAAAUUGUAAUGACAGAAAUCAAACUAAAGAGGAUACAAUAGGUAGGAAUUUGCUCCAAAAUCAUGACUGAAUUUGCUGGCAACUACUGAUAUAUUGCAUUUUGGCUAUCUGGGUAUACAAAGUCUAAUCUCCCCGUCGAGCGUAAUAUUUUAUAAACUCGACGAAAUUUUGCACGCGCAAAGGCGCUAACUCGAUACUGCCAUUGCAAAUUUGCACAAUUUUUAAUCGCGAUUCAAGUACCGAUUGUACAGAGCCAUGACAAAAAGUUUCUUGCGCGUUAUGGGAGUAGCCAUGUAAUCAUGUCUGAUUUCUCCCGCAUAACAAAAAGAUCUGAUCGAGAUAUGUCAAUUUUCCUACGGUUGGAUCGCACGUCAUCGAGUUUAGUUUAUACAUCUCUUUUUUUCUUCUUGACUCGCAUGCACUGCGUCGAUGAAUAAAUAUGUAUAAUUAAACGAAUCCACCUGCCGUAAACACGAUGACGGAUCGAUCUGUAUCCGAUGCAGCGAAGACAAGGCAAAAAUCGACUCGAUAGAACUGUAAACAGUGCCUUCAUGAUAUUGUUAAGCUCAGAGAUAUUUUAGAGUACACAUAAAAAAAAAAGAAAGAAAAGAACGUCGUGGCGGUGUAAAUUGUUAAUUAAUUAAAGAGGAAGCGGAGAAGAGGGAAAGGAGAGACUUUAGCGUGUAACAAAUUUCACACACACACAAGCAGCAUGUAUAUAUUCGUUGCUUCGCAAAUGAGUACAAGCCUUUGCACAUUAUUUAUGGAUAAAUGCUUUCGUCCGCGUAAAAAAACGGGAGCGCGCCGCUCGAAUCGACAAUUGUAAGCUACAGAAAUUUUACCGCCGAUCGACGAUAGCCCCCUCCCCCUCCAUUGUGUACCACGAUAUGAAUUUUGAUACUCAAUUUAUUUCGCGAUCACAACGGCCGAUCGUUAACGAUCACAAUCUUGCAAUUGCAGAUUCCACCGAUGUUCUCGCGCUCAAAAAAAGUCCAAACAUAUUUUACUACUGUACCAUUGCAUCAUAUGUUAUCUCCGCUGAACACAGACUAACAGAACGCAGACUAAAUAUUGCAACAAUGUUAUAAUUUCCUAUUCAGUAAUGUACUGUUAUGUUACAUCAACAUAUUGAUCAACCAAUUACAUUUUAUAAAUGUAAUUGAUCGACCACGCAUGCCUGCUAGAGAAGGAAAUCUAACAUACUGACCAAUAUAUUGAUGCAAUCUGUAAAAUAUGAAUCAUUUUACACUUAUAUUGUUGCGAGAAAAAUUAUGAUAUUGAUAUGUAACGUUACUGUUAGUUUCCGUUUAGCGGGUUUUAACCUUAAUAUUAUUGUCCUCUCUUUGCUAUUAUGUAUACAUGUAUUAUCGAUUAGUGUCUAGGCGAACUUUAUACAUAUUGUACAUAUCAAACGCUAUUCUGUUACAAAUAAAUGUUUAAAUCGUA